AUGACAACAACAGCUCGUAAUAACUGCUUCAAGUUCCGAACGACGGCGAUGGCUCUUUUGGUGUGGGGGGAUGUUGUAAUCUUGCUACUAGUCCUCGAAGAUCAUCAUCACGAGUGGGUGGUCAACGGGAUGAGAGCCGGCGAGUAUCCGAAAAUCACGGAACAUCCGCUGGACGUGAUAGUGCCCCGGCACGAACCGACCACACUGAACUGCAAGGCGGACGGCAUCCCGGCGCCGACGCUCACCUGGUACAAGGACGGCGAACCGAUCAAGGCGGAACAGGGCUCGCAUAAAAUUUUGCUGCCCGCGGGGGGAUUAUUCUUUCUGAAGGUGGUCCACUCCAGGCGGGAAAGCGAUGCCGGUGUGUACUGGUGCGAGGCCCGCAACGAGCUCGGCGUAGCUAGAAGCCGCAACGCGACGCUGCAGGUGUCAGUGUUACGUGAAGACUUUCGACUGGAGCCUCAGAACACGCGGGUGGCACAGGGAGAGACGGCCCUGCUGGAGUGUGGCCCUCCCAAAGGUUACCCCGAACCGGUCGUGACUUGGCGAAAAAACGGUCAAACCAUGGACAUGAGUAACUCCAAACGAAUCCGCAUCGUGGAUGGCGGCAACCUGGCGAUCCAGGACGCCCGCCAAUCCGACGACGGACGGUACCAGUGCGUGGCCAAGAACGUCGUCGGCAUCCGAGAGUCAACUGUGGCAUUCCUUCGGGUGCAUGUGAAACCGUUCCUGAUCCGGGGACCGCAGAACCAAACCGUUGUGGCGGGCCGGUCGGUGGUCUUCCAGUGCCGUGUCGGCGGGGAACCCAUCCCGGACGUCCUGUGGAGACGGUCGGCAUCCGGUGGAAACAUGCCACUCGGUCGCGUCCACAUCCUCGAGGAUCGGAGCCUGAAAAUCGACGACAUCACCGUGGACGACAUGGGCGAGUACAGCUGCGAGGCGGACAACGCCGUCGGUUCAAUUACGGCGUCCGGGAAUUUGGUGGUGCACUCUCCCCCCAGCUUCAUCAUCCGCCCCAAGAACCAAAUCGCCGAGUUGGGCUCGGAAGCCCUGUUCGAGUGCCAAGCCUCGGGCCACCCCCAUCCGACAUUGUUCUGGUCGCUCGAAGGCAACCGAACGCUGCUGUUUCCGGGAACUCGCUCCGGCAACAUCGAAGUCACCGAAAACGCCGACGGAACCAGCGUACUUUCGGUGUCCAACAUCGAUCGCGUUGACAACGGGCGGGUCAUCGUUUGCAGUGCGGUGAACAACGUUGGCAGCGUCAGCACCCGGGUGGUGCUCAGUGUGAACCUUCAGGACGAUCGGCCGCCGCCGUUGAUCCUGCAAGGUCCGAUCAAUCAAACGCUGCCGAUCAAGUCGGUGGCGAUUUUGCCGUGCAAGGCGAGCGGGAAUCCUGCUCCGGUGAUCUCGUGGUAUCGUGAUGGGAUUCCGGUGUUGACGACGUUUCGGGUUAACAUUACCGAUUCGGGAACGUUGACGAUCGCGGACUUGAACAAGAACGACGACAGUGGGCUGUACACGUGUGUUGCGAGCAGCAAAACCGGCAAGUCCACGUGGAGUGCCUCGCUCAGGUUGGACUCGCCAACCAACCCGAACAUCAAGUUCUAUCGGGCGCCGGAGGCGUCCACCUUUCCGGGACCUCCGGGGAAGCCACUGGUGACGGAUGUUUCCGAGAGUACGGUGACGAUUUCUUGGGUUCGGAGUAACGCCGUUGGCGCGUCCAGCUUGGUUGGGUACAUCGUGGAGAUGUUCGGACGGAACGCUACUGAUGGUUGGACGGAGGUUGCGAACAAGAUGUUGGACACGAGCUUCACCCAACGGGGACUGGUUCCCGGGGUCACGUACUACUUUGUGGUGCGAGCGGAGAACGCCCACGGCAUUUCGCUGCCAAGUCCGAUGUCCGAACCGAUCAUGGUUGGAAUGAACGAACUCAAUUCAGGUUUGGACAUGAGCGAAGCGCGAGCAAGUCUUCUGUCCGGGGACGUCGUCGAGCUGGUCAACGCCACCUCCGUCGAUUCCAGCUCAAUGAAGCUCGUUUGGGAGAUCAUCAACGGCAAGUACGUGGAAGGGUUCUACAUCUACGCGCGCGAUCUUGACGAGGACUUUGAGCGCACGUACAAGAUGUUGACGGUGCUGAACGCUGGCAGUGUGUCGUCCUGUACGGUCAGUGGGCUGCACAAGUUCCGCGAGUAUGAGUUCUUCAUCGUGCCGUUUUACAAGACUGUUGAGGGGAAGCCGUCGAACUCGCGGAUCGCGCGGACGCUGGAGGAUGUUCCAAGUGCUCCCCCAACGGCCAUGGAAGCGUUGCUGCUGAACUCGUCGGCAGUGUAUUUGAAGUGGAAGGCGCCCCCGAUUGGGUCAAUCAACGGCAUCCUCCGCACGUACCACGUGCUCGUUCGCGGCGUCGACCUGCGCUCCAACUACUCCAAGCUGUUGAGCAACGUCACGAUCGACGCAUCGUCCCCCAACCUCCUACUGGCGAAUCUCACCGAGGGCGUCACCUACACCGUCAGCAUGGCCGCCGCCACCGAGCUCGGCAUGGGCCCGUUCAGCAAUCCGGCCACGCUGCGGUUGGACCCGGUCACGAAGCAGCUAGACCAGAGCUCGGUACGGUAUCCGAUCAACCACGAAGUCGGCGACGACAUCUUGACAAAGCCGUGGUUCAUCGCCGUGCUGGGCACGAUCUUGGCCCUGAUGAUGGUCUCGUUUGGGGCGAUGGUCUUUGUCAAGCGGAAGCAGAUGAUGAUGAAGCAGUCAGCACUGGCGGCGUUGCGGGGGCAUCAAUCGAAUGGGGUGUUGAAGUUCCCGACGUAUACGGCGGGUGGCGGCGAUGGGUACUGGACCGAUCCGAGCGGGAUUCUGUGGAGGCAGCCGGUCGCGAGGCCCAAGGAUCACAUUCAGGACUACGCACCGGUUGGGACGAUGCCGGCGGAUCAGGGAGCGAGGAACCGGUACGUUGGGAUUGACUACGGGGAUUACCCGAGCGAUUAUGCCGAGGUGUCGUCGUUCAAUCCAAACAACAACAAGGUAGAAGGGGGCAAGGCACCGUCGGAGUACAGCGGAACGAGGUCACCGGCGCCGUACGCCACGACUACGCUGAUCGGCAACUCCAGAUUCAUCACGACCUCGAACGGCGGAGCAACUCUAGAGUCGUUGAACCACCAAUCCGCGCAAUCCGCGUACGGAAGCAUGUACUACAACGCCGACCCGUACCAGGGCAAUGCAAGCCGGAACGUGUACUCCGAGUCGUACUACAAUCCGGCCGAGCAAAUCAACAUCACCGAAAACAAGCUUGCGGCGAUGGCCGGCAAUGGCAGCACAAGUGGCGGCUACCAGCUCGUGCCCAACCACAGCGGAAGCAGUGCCAGCAGCAGCAGUAGCAGCGGUGGCGGCGGAGGCCGCAGCGAAACCGCAAAAAUCUUCGCCCCCAGCAGCCAAUCGAUGCCGCAGACGCCGUUCGGCACAAUCCGGAAGAAUCGCUUCAAGCUGUCCCGAACGCCGAUCAACAACCUGCGGAUCAACUUCGGCACGGCGGACCGCGCCGAGUCCGAGUACGGCAAUCAAUCUCCCCAACCCGCCUCCUCCUUCCAGCAGCAAAAGAAGAAAAUGGCCUCGCUGAACAAUUUGGGAGCCGCUCCGAAGGGCGAGCAACUCUACAUCAAGAUAGGGGACACCAACCCAAACAACGCGGCCGCCACCGUCCCCGCAAACACCAACAGUUGGAACGGGCGCAUCUACCAGAACGGGGCGGAAGUGUCCGGGGGAAGUGAGGUGUACCAUCCCACCGGAAACCGCAGCGUCAUUAGCUAUCGGUCCGCCUCGGAGUUUGGCGAAAACGUCUGAGGGCAGCCGGCGCGCUUUGGGCUCACUAUUUAUAAUAACUUAUUCUGACGUGGUGCAAGUGGCGGGGAAUGGACGAAAGACUGAGUGUGAGGGUGUGAAUAUACGUAAAAUUCUGUAAGAGAGAACAUUGUUGGUUGCUUCCUUGGGUUCGCAAAAUCGCACACACCUGUAAAUAAUGGAUUCAAAAACCGUUUGGAGUGGUACGGGGGAGAGUUGCGGUGCCAGAGAUUAAACAGAGAGCUAGACGGGCGGAUUCGAUGUUUGUUGGCUGCAUAAAUCAAGACUGAUUGCACGCACAUGCACUGCACGGCACAAAUACACACAAACGGUACGCUACAUCACUUUUCCGGAUGGAAUGGGCGAGAUGGAAAUGUACGGAAAAUGAGAGAGGAUUCGGGUGACUGUUUUGUGAAGUGUCUCAUUUGGAUUGUAAAAGUUACAGAAAAUAUGAAAAUGAAUAGAUUUGAAAAUUUAAUAAAGAUAUCUAAAUGUCAAAAAUUAAAUAUCGAUUCUUCGGCACCUUUUUUGUAUGGGAUUGAUUUUACAACGUUUCGACUGUAAGUUAAUUGGUUGAAGGCCGUAUUAACUUGCACUAGUGACAGUUUACGCUGAUUAAGAGUGGGAUAGGCUACUUAUUAGCAUCCAAGGGGUCACCCUAAUGUGUGUUUGUCAGCCAUUUCUUAGUAUGACUGAUCAACGAAAGGAGCUGAUUACAGAAAAAAGCUCCUCUCACUUUUAAUAGAGGUCUAUUUUGUUUAAAAGGCAAUAUUUGAGCGAUAAAGGUGGAAGACGAAUUACGAAAAUGAAAUUAACUUUUUUUCAAUUCCAAAAAGAAUAAGGAAAUAUACCCAUUUGAAUCACUCUAAGCCGUUCGACCAAUUCUCAUCACUUUUCCUGUUUUCCGCUUUUAAAACAACAUUUCUGGAGUUUUUUUUUUUUUGAAAAGGUCCAAUAAACCAAAUUUU